ACCGAGAACGGAAGUGGAGGAGCGGCCGGAAGUAAACGGAACUCCACGCAGAAAGACGGGCUUUGACAGGAGCCGGCGCUGAGGAAAGGAGGAGGAGGCCAUGGAGUUGGGCGAACUGCUCUACAACAAGUCCGAGUACAUCGAGACGGCGUCUGGGAACAAGGUUAGUCGCCAGUCAGUGUUGUGUGGGAGCCAGAACAUCGUUCUCAAUGGCAAGACCAUUGUGAUGAAUGACUGUAUUAUCCGAGGGGAUCUGGCAAAUGUAAGAGUUGGACGCCAUUGUGUUGUAAAGAGUCGUAGUGUCAUAAGACCACCGUUCAAGAAAUUUAGCAAAGGCGUUGCAUUCUUUCCUUUGCAUAUUGGGGACCAUGUCUUUAUUGAGGAAGAUUGUGUGGUCAACGCAGCUCAGAUUGGCUCUUACGUUCACGUUGGCAAGAACUGUGUGAUUGGGCGUCGGUGUGUGCUGAAAGACUGCUGUAAAAUUCUUGACAACACAGUAUUACCUCCAGAAACUGUAGUCCCACCAUUCACCGUCUUCUCAGGCUGCCCAGGACUCUUCUCAGGGGAGCUCCCAGAGUGUACUCAGGAGCUGAUGAUUGACGUCACCAAGAGCUACUACCAGAAGUUUUUGCCCCUCACACAAGUCUAGUGUCUCUGCCUCAUGUCUUGAAUUUGCCUGAGCUCUAAGAUGAACUUGGGGACACAGUGAACCAGUCAGCAUCUACAAAGAGCUCUUACGUCUUUGACACCUUCCACCCUCCUUUUCUUUAAAAAAAAUUCUUUAAUCCAUGAAGACUCUAAGCUCUUAAGAAUUUAAUAACAGAACUUCUGGAGGAGUUGUCUUCUAAUGCUAUGCUUACACCUUAUCUAUUAAUAGUCACUUCAUGCCAUUAUCUGUGGAACACAGAAUUAUCUGCUCCCAACAUUCUAACUCCUCAGUGCUGUGGGUGGCUGGAUCUUGCCUGCAACAGGCCUGCAGAGGAGCAGCACUCUCCCAGUGUGAGGCCGUGUAGCUGGUGUGCUACUCAUGGCCAUGCACUGCCCACACCAAGUACCACUCACAUGGAUAAUGCUUAUAUUCCUGCUGCUAAUGCACUUGGCCAGUUGCCACAGUUUCGCAUAAUCUUGGGGAAGAAAAAUGUUCACCACUUUUCAGAGCCCAGAUCCUGUUGGCUAUUUAAAUUGAAGGGAGGGGGGGUUAGUUUUUCUCUUCCCAAAAUAAACUUAGUUGUCCCAGGGGUGGUUAAUAGAAGACUUUCUAGCAUUCUGUACCAGGGCCUUUGGCUUUUACUAAAAGGGGGGACCUCAGCACCCCAGAGUUUGCUUUUGCAAAGUUCCAGAUUUGGGUCUCCAAGUGGAUGGAUCAGUCAUGUAGUUACUCCUUACCUCAAAGUAUUUGUCUUAUUUCAUUUAUGACACAGCGUUUGUGAACACUUGCUCCCUGGUCUAGAACCAUUCAGCCCAACCUGUAUUUGCUAUAAACCCCACAUUUCACACCAAAAUAUCUGUACUUGAUCCUAAUCACAUAUAUACAUGAGGGCCUCUUAAAAUUGUCUUGUGGGCACAGAGCCCCAGGAGUAAAGGAAGUUGCCAGUGACUGUGAUCAUGCUCUACCUGCAGCGAUGGCUGCUGCUAUUCCUCGGGCAUUUCACAACAUGCCUGCUGUAGUGUCACGGGCUUGACAGUCACUAGCCUGCUUAUUUCUUACACCAAUUCUGUAAGGCGGAUGCUAUUCCCAUUUUACAGGUGAGAAAAAAGCUCAAAGACAUUAGAUAACUUGGUCCAGUCUAUGCAAUGAAGAAAUGGCUGAUCCAGGAGUCACAACCUGUCUGUCUAGCUCAACAGCCCAUACUCUUCAGUUCUGCCCUGCAAAGAUGAGACAAGCUUGCCCUUGGAGUACAUCUGCUGUGCAUCCUGUUUGAUGCCAGCAGUCUCUGAUGGUUGCAGUUUUGGGGGGUCACAUUUUGGCAUCUCCCCGAGGUCCUUUCUCUUUUUGUGCCAUCGAAAAGGUGGAUCUUGGAAUUGAGAGAGUUUAUAUCUCUCUAGGCUAACCUUUUGCUCGCUACAGAAAUCUUCCAGGGCAUGCCUGAAAGAUUACCAUCCAGGCUGUGUUUGAAUACAUCCAAAAGGAAGCUUGUCACUUUAUGUAGCUCACUGUCUAUUUUGUUAAUGAACAACUGAAAUUAAGAGAAAAUGGGUUUUUUUUAAGGCUUUUAAAACAAAUAAUUUAAAAAUCUUUAAGUAAUUCAAUUCAAUUUCAAAAAUUCAAUCCAAUUAGUAAAGGAAUAUAUAAUGAAGUAGAUCUUCCCAGCCUAGAAUUCCAGUUCCACAUCCUACUUCCCAGAGGCAACAUCUCUGAACAGUUUUUGUUCUAUAAGAUAAGUCUGUGCAUGCACCUGCAGACAUAGAUGUAUAUUCCAAUUUCUCUUAUUAUUCACACAAAUGGGAACAUAGGAUAUGUGCUGUGCUACAUCUUUCCUCUUUUAUGUAAUAUAUCUUAGAGAUUGUUCCAUAUCGACACUUAUGGGUGAUUAAAAAAAAUAACAUUUGCUAACAUGUACAGAA